GUCCGGUCCAGUCCGGUUCCGGGCGAUUUGGGUAACUUCCGGUUCUUUUGCAAGCCCCAACGCAGAAGAAGACAAGAAGAAACUCGAGAGAGGGCGGGACGGGGCGGCAAUGGCGGCUCCUGGGAAGUGCUUGCUGGUUACAGGUCCUCCUGGCGUGGGGAAGACGACUCUGAUAACGAGAGUCUUCGAGUCGCUCAAGGCCUCGAACCCUCAUUUGAAAGUCCAGGGUUUCUAUACCCGUGAGAUAAGAGAAGGAGGAGACAGAGUCGGCUUCGAGGUGGUCACGUUGGAUGGCCGUACUGGUCCCCUCGCCUCUUCCACCAUUUCCACUUCAGAUUCUCUCAGAUGGCCAACUGUUGGGAAAUACAAAGUAGAUAUAGCUUCGUUCGAGUCACUUGCUUUACCCGUGUUGCAGGUCAAGGAAGAUACCGAUCUCUAUAUCAUUGAUGAAGUUGGUAAGAUGGAGCUAUACAGUUCGGCAUUCUUCCCAGCUGUCCUGAAGGUUCUCCAGUCCAAUAUCCCGCUCUUGGCAUCAAUUCCCAUUCCAAAGAACGGUCGCGAUAUACCUGGAGUUGCGCGGUUGAGGAAUCAUCCAGGAGCAGAAGUUUUCACUCUGAGCGCAAGUAAUAGAGAUGCUGUUAGAGAACAAAUAUAUAACAAACUACUCGGCUUACUCCCUAAGCAAUAGGGUAAGCAAGAGUUUGGGAUUUCAACCCUCAUCCGGAAUACCAACUUGCCUUGCGUCAUGCUGACAAAUGACAAUUGUGCGUUAGUCUCGAACCGCUUCAAUUUUCAUCUCAUCUUAAAGAAGCAGGGCAUUUGUGCUGUAUAAAGUAAUCUGCAUGACAGGUAUCCUCAAGAAAUCUGAUGGUCGGUUGAAUUAGUCUAUGAAUAUUGGGAUUUUGUUUCCUUCCCAGAGCGCACAGUGUUUUAGCAGUUGCUUUGUUUGACCUCCAUCCCUGAUGGAAGGUGCAAAAUGAUUUGCGUACACUGUAGUCACCUGGAAAGUUUUUAGAUGUAGAUAUACCUUAACAUUGUAGAAGUUAGUAGUCAUUAUGCAAUCGAGCUGCUUUGUCUGGACAGCAAGGAACCUUUUUCUUGAUGGUAUGUGGUCAUGAAUCUCACUUGCAUGAAUUCGUGCA